AUGAGCAGACUUCGCGUUCGCGUUUCACAAUCGCAUUCGCGUUCACAAUCACGGCAUCGCCGCCCCGCCGAAGCAUCUGGCGAGUCCGGCUUCUCAAGUCAGGAAUACAGUGAGUCGGGACCAGACGACGAGGAGGACUGGGAAGACGAGGAGCUUGAUCCAGACGACUCGGCUUCAAGCCCGGAGGACUCGUUUCAAGGGCCGAGAAGCGCACGGCAAGCGACACGGCAUCAUCGUCUAGAAAGGCCACCACCACAAUCAGGUUACGGAUAUACGCCGGCUCCACACCCGGCAGGCAGCCAGCCCAGUCUGGCUUCCUCGGAGGACUACCCGUACUACGGCCACGGCCAUUACCCACCCCCAGGUCCGGGUGGGUAUGGGGGCCGUGGCCGUGGUGGACAUCCUGGGUAUCCUCAGAGCCAGUUAGGCGGAGCCUACGCUCCUCCAUUCGGCCAGUCGGUAGUCCCUUAUGCUGCCAACCCCUUCACUCCCGCCGGAGCUGGAGGUCAUUACUUCUCCCCAGACCAUCGAGGAUGGGGGCAAGAAGUUAUGCCGUACGCAGGAAACAGUUACUUUCACCCUCCUGGACCUGGUGGUCCAUAUCCCGUCCCCCCCGGGAUGCAACAGUAUCAUCAAUGGUCGCCACCUCCGCAGACUGAAAUUGCACCACCUCGCACUCCGGGACCUUCUGGUGCCGCAGAACCGCCGAAGCCAGACCCAGAAAAGGAGCAAAUGAAGAGACAGCUGGAGGAGAUACAGGCAAAGCAGGCGGCGAAGGAGGCCGAAGCAAAGCAAAAAGAGAUGGAAGCUAGAAUCAGGGAGGAAGCCGCGGCUGAAUUCGCCCGCAAGAUGGAGCAGAUGAAAAGAGAUGAAGCCGUCCGAGCAGAGGAGCGAGCGGCUGCGCUCGAAAAGGCAAAGAAGGAGAUCGAGGAUGCCCGAAGGGAGGCCGAGAAAGCGACCCGUGAAGCCGUGGAGGCCGAGAGAAGAGCCGAGGCAGAACGCAAAAAGGUUGAGGCAGAGGCUAUUGAACGUGCUGAGAGGGUUGCACGAGACAAGAUGGAAGCUGAGCGGAGGGCGGAAGAAGAACGCAAGAAGAAAGAGGCCGACGCCGCCGCCGCCGCCGAGAAGGAAGCACAGUACAGGCUAGAGGCGGCGAUCCGGGCAAAGGAGGAAGCCGAGGCGGCAGCUGCUAAGAAGGUGGCGGAAGAGGCCGAGUGGCGCAAGAAUCUCGAAGAGGAAGCUAAGCUGAAGGCCGAGCGAGAGGCGCGCAAGAAGAUUGAAGAAGAGAGGCAGGCGGCUGAGGAUGCCGCAGCCGCCGAAGAGGCCAAGAAGAAGGAGGAGGAACUCUUCAAGAAGAGGGCGCUGGCGGACGCCCAGCGUGAGGCAGAGGAGGCAAACAAGAAGUCGCUUGGCAAGGACAAGGCCCCUAUCCGUUUCAAGGAUGCAGUUGGUAGAAAAUUCAGCUUCCCGUUCCACAUCUGUCAAACAUGGACGGGUAUGGAAGAGCUGAUCAAGCAGGCUUUCCUACAUGUCGAUGUGAUAGGACCGCAUGUACAGGACGGUCAUUACGAUCUCCUUGGUCCCGAUGGUGAGAUCAUCCUUCCUCAGGUGUGGGACAAGGUUAUCGAGCCCGACUGGGCCGUCACUAUGCACAUGUGGCCUAUGGAUCGACCCCCGGCUAUGCACAUGCACAUGCACGGCGGCCACGGCCGCCCAGGCCCGGGCGGGGGCACCAUACCUCCUCACCGACCAGGCAUGCCGAUGCCGCCACCAGGGGGCCGGAGACCGCACGGGGGACCGCCUGUGCCGCCGAUUCGUCCGAGGGAUGGGUUCCCAACCCCGGGUGUUACGAUCAUGCAUGAGCAUCGUGGGCCUGGUACGAGGAUUGUGACCAAAGAUAAGGACGCAAAGAAGAGCAAGAAGAGCUCGCCCAGCAUGCUGUCAUUCCUCGCAGGUGGCUCUAAAUCGAAGAGCAAGGGCAAGAAGAGGACAGGUUGA